GUCUCCAGCUGUGCUUCACCCAGGUUGAGACUGUCCCCUGCUCACGGCAGAGGUGCCACGUGGUUAGUGACCGCGCGGCACAGACCUGCCCUCUCACAGUGCUCAGAGCUUCCUGCCCCCCUCGUGCCAGGGCCGUCGGUGAUGCCGUGAGGCCGCCAGGAGAGGGAACACCAUCGCUCCUCUGAGGGGCGUGCCACACGGUUCUACCCCUGCCUCUGGGCUUAUAACUAUUGCAGCUACUCUUCUGUCAUCCACCUGCCUCUCCAUCCAUCAUCUGUCUAUACGUCCACCAUCUAUACAUCCAUCAUCUAUAUACCCAUCCAUCUAUACAUCAUCCAUCCGUUCAUCUGUUUAUUCCCCAUGUGUCUAUCCAUCUAUCAUCUAUCCAUUCAUGAUGUCUGUAUCUGCUCAUCCAUCCAUCCAUCAUCGGUCUAGUCAUCUGUCUGCCUAUCUUGCCCAUAAUCUAUCUCACCUUCCUCUUUUUCUUUCUUCCUCUCUUCCCUCUCCCUCAAAAUUUCCACUCUGAUGCAAGUGGAGCCAACGGACCUGUUUGGCCCGAGGGUCCCAGGGUCCCUUCCUCCCUGUGACACCCACAUACAGAGCCUCCUGACCGGGCAGGGGGGGACCCCCAUCGCAGGGACGCCCGCUGCCUUCUGUGGGUGGUGGGGCCAGUCACAAGAGUGGCACAGAAUGUGGAAACUCCAAGUCACCAUGCGUAUAUGUCCAUCGCCCUGUGUUCCUCCCUCUGGUGGGUCACCCACCACCUCGCGUGGGACCCCACAGUCCUGCAGGGCGGGGCUGUGUCCCUCCAAAGCCCUGGAAACAUGUCCUAGAUGGAUACGUGGUUUGCAAGCCACAAACAGGCCCGUUCGGAUCACAUGGUCCCGGGAGCUUUGGCGCCCCUGUGCCCGGUAGGACACCCUCAUGUCCAUCAGACGGGGCUUCCUGUGAGUUCUGUUAACUCUGUGAGUCUCGCCCUUGUGGUGGGCUGCUGUCCUCACAGAGGACAAGCACAGGGUCAGGUCUCAUGGGUGAUGUCCCACGGCAGGGAGCCUGUUCAGUGGUACGUCUGUGAGAUGCACUCCCACGCUGCUAUGUGGCACAGAGGGCUCGUAUCCCCUGGAGACCUGUGGAGGUGACUUUGUAAGGUGAGGAAUUUCACUUCUAUUCCUAGUCACUGACAGUUUUUUUUCAUCAUAAAUCAUGCUGAUCUUGGGCUUCUUUUCAAUUCACCGUUUACAUUUUUUCCAUGCUAGUUUUCGUUCAGUAUUAUUUUCUGUGAGUGUCGGGGGCACAGCAUAGUGGUCAGAAAACCGCACGCUUUAUAAAGUGAUCCCCCGAUGUUUCCCACCUGGUCCCACACGGAGUUACCACAAUAGUACAGAUUCUGUCCCCUGUGCGGGACUGUACGUCCCCGUGACAAUCUGCGAUGACAACGUGUACUUUUCCACUCCUUCUCGGUUUUCACUCCGUCCCCCACCCCCCUUCUCUGCGGCCGCCGUCCCUCUGCUCUCUGUGUGGAUGAGUCUCUUUCUGUUUGGAUGCUGUCAUUGUUUAGACUCCUCAUACAAGUGAGCUCAUGUGGCAUUUGUCUUCCUCUGCCUGGCUCCCUUCAGUGACCACCGUGCUCCCUGUAGGUCUGUCCACGCUGUUGCCCGUGGUAAGAUUUUGGUCAUUCUUUCCCUCCUUUGUCCUCUGUCUCCCAUGUCCUGUUCAGCACGGAUCCAUAGUCCAUACUGAUGGAGUCUACAAAUGAACACCCUGACUAUGAACCUCCAGCCCCAUCAUCCCGUCCACCCGGUGGUCACACUGGGGGUCUCCCACCCGAACCCCCAGAAUGUCGCUGGACCGGGCUCAAGAUGUACACCCCGUUCCAGGUCAAAGCAGACGACCCCCUCUCGCGGCUCUCCCGGGCCCUAAAAACCUCCCCUUUGUGCUGCGUUUGGGCGGAAAAAGAUCAACCCAGUCUCAAAAUAAACCAUACGGAUCUAACAGUGGUGGGGCAUGAAACCAGGCAGUGGUGGGCCCAUGGACAGCCGGGCUGAGCCCUCGGCUGGGGACGCAUCGUCGGCAGGUGCGUAACAGCCCAUCUGGUCCACGGCCUGGUCUUUGAGGACAAUCAGGAGGGAGACUCAGCAUGUCACGCUUCUGCAGGACAUGGCGGGGCGGGUCCCCACACCCACCUGCGAUCCAGGUGUGCAGUAUUCUCCCAGGGCGCCUCCUGGGACUCUCCAGCUUGGCCCCGAAUAUACGGCUGUCAGGCAGGAAGCAAGAGACAGGGUCCCCCGCCUAGAAGGACCCCAUCCGUCAGCACCGGGGGGGGGGCUCUGUGAGGUCGUCACGAGGCAGGGACAUGCAGAUCCUGCCUCCCUGCCUGGGGCGUGGGCGGGCACCGGCCGGGCCCAGAGGUACAAAACCGGACACUGAGGAGUCACCCCCGCCCCCCACUGAGUGGACAAGACGGACUGAGCUACAGAAAGGGGAACCCGAGGUGAAGAUAAAGAAAAGGGCCUGGAAACCAGCAGCCGGUGCGGUUCGAGGACUUCCCGUCUGCAGAGACGGUAAGGCCGCUGGGCUGCAAGUUGGGGCGCAAGGCGAGCCGGACCGUAGAUCGCGCAUGCUCGGAGGGCUGACCAGGUGGGAACUACUUUCUUCCCAAAUAAGAGAAGCCGAAGCAGCUCUUUCUGCUUCUUCUUGUGGCCGAAACCCCGCGGGCUGCCUCCAGGACCCUUGGGGACGUGGGUACAGGCGGUCACCUCCAGAACUGGCCCAGAAUUGGAAACAGCAGCACCUCCCACAAGCCCUGGAAACAGUCCAAGAGAAGACUCACCAGGUGGAUCAGCCAGUGCAGGUCCAGUGGGGGGACAGACAUGGCCUUCCUGUUGGGCUUCGCCAGCCUCCUGGUGGUGCCGCUGACCUCAGCGCACUGCGCGGACCCCCUCCUGGCACAGGAAAACGCAUCUCCCGUUAUGAACCUGAGGCUGGAUCCCAGGAAGAGAAUGUUAACCUGGAAUUCCCGGAGAAACGUCACCGCGCACCAGUGCCAAAUCGACACCCCUCCCCACUCGUCCACCAGGCAGAGGCCCGAGCCUGGAGACCAGGACGCGUACUCCUGCCGCUUCCCCAACGCCGUGCUGCACCGGGGCGCCAUGCUGACCGUGAUCGGCACCGCGGACGGCGCCCCCUUCCGGUGCGCGCUAAGCUUCCACAACGCAGGCCGGGAAGGGUCCGGGGCCGUGAACUUCUCGUGCGUCAUCUCCAACGUGCAGCUCCUGAACUGCAGCUGGGCGCCGGGCCCCGCUGCGCCCGGGGACGUCCAGUACCAGCUGUACUGCAGGGACUGCUGGGACGAUGACGAGGAAGUGGAGUGUCCCCACUACAUCCUGGACGGCGCAGGGACGCACGUGGGCUGUCAUUUCGACGCACUCCCAGAGCCGCAGCCCACAGACGCUUACCUUUUCCUGCUGAACGGGACCAGCAGAGAGACCGACAUCCGGUUUGUGGACUUCCCCCGGUUGAACGCCAUUCAAAUCGAGAAGCUGAACCCCCCAUCCAACUUGACGGUCGACUACAACGGCUCCCACCAUGUUAUCCGGUGGGACAACCCCAGGAUGCGAUUCGACUUCCUUUGGAGUAGCCUGUGCUAUGAAGUGGACGUCCAGGUGGCGCCUCUGAUGCUCACGUUUACGUCUGUGGUGCGGGGAGAGAGGCCUUUCCUGUUUGGAGUGGCCUUUUCUCUUUUCUUGGGGCCAUUUAACUCCCCAGGAGAUGUGACUGGGGACAGGUUCCCUCACUUUCCUCCCCGGAGUGAACCGACCCCAAAGAAGGAAUUCACGCGUCCGCAUUCUCCUGGGUGUCCUGCUUUCAGCUCGAUUAGGGGAGCUCCCCAGAAACUUCUUGCUGCCCCUGCUGAAUCCCAAAUAGUUUCAGCCACGAAGAACAUUUGCACCGGUCCUGGGGGUCCGGGUGGGGCCCCGUGUUGGAAUCCGAUGUUGCAAACGCAGCCUCUGACCGUCUCUCGUCUGCUUCUCCAGGGCACCUCUUCCCGGGAAGACCCCGUUUCCCAACUCGGACGGGAGAAGAACGUAUACGUGGUGCCGGGGGCGGCAGUCGGAGGCCAGCACUCGGUCCGCCUGAGGGGGAAGACCCUGCCCAGCGUCAUGUGGAGCGAAUGGAGUACCACAGUGCAUUUCGGUGAGAGCCGCCCCGGGCUGGGCGCUGCCUCCCUCCCAUCCUCUGUCCUGGAGACCAGGCGCCACCCAGAACCGGAGGUCAGCGGCACCUCUAUGGCCCUGGUGGCGCUGCUGGUGGGGGCGGUCGUGUUAGUCAUCGCCGUCCUGACGCUGCUGUGUACAAGGUGGCCCCUGAGGCGGACGCUGUUCCCGCCGGUGCCUCAGGCGAAGACGGAGCUCGUGGACAGCUUUGCCACCUCCCCUGCGAUCACCUGGGACGGGGGCCACCGGCCACCAAGCCUGCAGGAAGCCGAGGACAUUGUCGCCGUGGAGGAAAUGCUGCCCUGUGUGAGCGGACCAGCAGAACCCGCAGAACCCGCGGACCCAGCGCCGCCCCGCCCCAGCUCCGAAAACUCCCGUCGUGAGUGUCCUGGCCUCGACGUGUAGAACUUCUGCCUGGAGUCGAAAGCCCCCCUGGGAUCCCGGCCACGCCGUGGUGGUCUUUCCUGUCGGCUUGCCCCCGCCCUGCCCCACCCCUCGCUUCUGGACGCCUACCCCCAGGAGGCGGCCCUGCCCAUGACUCUGAAGCACCUAGCAGGUGAAUGAGCUCACAUUUGGAAAUGGAGACACGCUAUUGCUACGCUGGGGCGACUCUCAAAGCCAUGAGAGAGGCAGACCGUGGACAUGACUGAGGGAGCACUUCAGAGCAGUUUCCCCGGCCGGGGCUGGGGGGUGAGAACCUUCCGCAGCAGCUGGGCCACCCGCGGGUGGGGACGAGGGGUGGAAGGCAGGGAGCGUGGCUGGGACAGAGGAAGCUCCCUGGGGCCCACGUGGCAGGCUCAGCGCUCCGGGCUGAG